AUGGAAGUCGUUCAGUAUUAUGAGCUGUCAAGUUUCAAUGACAGCCUGUCAGACGGCGUCGACAACUCGAGCUUGCUACAGGUGAGCGUUGUCAUCGCGGCGAACGCAAGCGGUGACGUGGACACGGCUGCCAACGGCUCUGGCGCUCUGAACAGCAUCAGCAGUAGCGGCAGCAGUAGCAGCCUGUACGAGGUUCCGGUGGACAUCGUUGUGCUACUGUCUUUCUGCUAUGGACUGGUCUCUUUGGUAGCCAUACUGGGAAACGUGCUCGUCCUGUGGAUCGUGGCAUCGUCGCGGCGCAUGCAGACCAUCACAAACCUGUUCAUCGCCAACUUGGCCGUUGCCGACGUCAUCAUCGGUGUCUUCUCGAUACCGUUUCAAUUUCAGGCUGCACUGCUGCAGCGCUGGGCGCUUCCGUACUUCAUGUGCGCCUUCUGCCCCUACGUCCAGGUGGUCUCGGUGAACGUGUCCGUGUUCACCCUCACGGCCAUCGCGGUCGAGCGCUAUCGGGCCAUCACGUCGCCACUCAAGGCUCGCUUCUGCUCCAAGGCGACAGCCAAGCUGCUCGUUCUCAUCAUUUGGCUCUCGUCGCUGGUCGUGGCGAGCCCCAACGCGCUGGCCCUGCGCGUGGUGCUCGUCGUCGACAAGCUGAGCGGCCUGCGCGAGCGCCCAUUUUGCGUCAACGUGGGCAUGCGGCCGUUCACCUGGAAGGCCUACAACCACGCCCUGGUCUGCGCUCAGUACUUCCUGCCCUUGGGCGUCAUCUGCUACACGUACGGAAAGAUCUGGAAGAAGCUCCGCCAGUCCAAGGCGCCCGGCAACAUGGAGACCGUGCGCGACGCCAACAUUGUGCGCAAUAAAAACAAGGUGAUAAAGAUGAUGGUGAUCGUGGUCGUCACUUUCGCCCUGUGCUGGCUGCCCUACCAGACGUACAAUCUUCUCGCCGAGAUUUACCCCGCCAUAAACUCGUAUCGUUACAUCAACGUCAUCUGGUUCUGCAUGCACUGGCUGGCCAUGAGCAACUCCUGUUACAAUCCAUUCAUCUACGCCAUUUACAGCGAGAAAUUCAGCGCUGAGUUCAAGGCGAGAAUGUCGUGCUGCCUCAAGAGAAAGUUUGAAGACAGUGCAUUCAUGGCUUCGUCGAUCAUCAGCCAGGUUUCAUUCCGAAUAAAGUACUAGACGUGUUUCGCGCGUCACACCGUCCCAUAACGUCACUUGCCAUUCCUUCGUGAACAAAAAUGAAUAAAUAAAGGUC